AUGAAGCGGUCAUCAACAAGCAGUCGCAUUGAUAACAAGACAAGGCCGCUGAAGAAGCAUCGGAAAGGCGGUGAUAAAAGCCAUGCCGGUGCGUCUCCAGACGCGACAGACUCUCGUGAACGCGUCGUGAUCGAAGAGCUCUCAUCCGCCCGGACACUGGCAAGCUCGCAUUUGCUUGCAGUCGCGAAGCUUCCGCUGGAUGUCCUAUCUACGCGUUGGAGCGAAGGAAAAAACCGACCGGUGGACGAGGACCACAUAGACAAGCUGCGCCGAAGUUUCAUCAAUAGGGGCUUCGGCAGGCUAGACCAAGAAAAUUACAUGAAGGUCACCUGCAGCGCAGAGGCUGUUGACGCAAUCAAGGCCCAUCUUCGCAAAAGAGCGCACUCGGCAGGGGACCCUGUCGUUAGCCCAGGAGGAGGUCAGACCACUAGCCAGAAACAAAGCUCUGAGCCCCUUGACUUCCGUGCGUGGGCCGAGGUUACAGACGAGCUUGCUGAGUUGCUCGACGGGCAGCACCGCCUAAAGGCGGCCCAUCAAGCCCUGGGUGCGGGCAACAGCAGCGAAAAAUGGUGGACUUGUGAGAUCUACAAUAAAGGUAUGAAGUCGUGGAAUGCUCCCGGCUAUGCCCUACCCUAUAAGGUGGUCUAUAUAAUAACAAGUCUCUAA